CGGAUAAUAGACGGGUCUCUCACUUUGGUCUCACUGCAACUUCAAUUCAAAGUGUCGCAUUUUUAGGGUUUGAUCUUUCUCCACCUCCCUUACCCGUCCAAUUCUUAAUCUGUUUCUCCCUUUUCCCAGAAAUGGCGACAACCUAUUUAACAGCAUCAUCGGUGACAGUAUCUGCCAAGAGCUUGGCCUCAUUCGAAGGUCUGAAACCCACGAAUGUCAAAUUGUCUUCUUUCGGCGGAUGUGUGAAACUAGGAGGUCUUAAGAGAAACCACUUCCGUGGUUUGGUCGUCAACGCUGCUGCGGUUGUUGCUCCUAAGUUUACUUCGGUUAAGCCUUUGGGGGAUAGAGUGUUGGUUAAGAUCAAGGAAACAGAGGAAAAGACUGUGGGAGGCAUCUUACUUCCGUCUACCGCUCAAUCGAAGCCUCAAGGAGGGGAAGUUGUUGCCGUCGGUGAGGGAAGAACGGUCGGGAAGACGAAAGUUGAAAUCUCUAUUAAGACCGGCACACAAGUUGUCUACUCCAAGUACGCGGGAACUGAGGUGGAGUUUGACGAAUCAAAGCAUCUCAUUCUUAAGGAAGACGAUAUCGUGGGCAUUCUCGAAACCGAUGAUAUCAAGGAUCUCAAGCCUUUGAACGAUCGGGUCUUUAUCAAGGUUGCGGAGGCAGAGGAGAAAACGGCUGGAGGAUUGUUGCUAACCGAAACUACCAAAGAGAAACCUUCCAUUGGAACGGUCAUAGCAGUUGGGCCGGGAUCUCUAGACGAGGAAGGUAACCGAAAACCGCUGUCGGUAUCUGCGGGAACGACGGUUCUUUACUCCAAGUACGCGGGUAACGACUUCAAAGGGAAAGAUGGUUCCGACUACAUUGCUCUCAGAGCUUCAGAUGUGAUGGCCAUUCUCUCUUAGUUUGGUGUUGUGCUUAGAAGAUUGGCAAAUCGCUGUUGUUUUGGUCUGGAUCCAAAAAUAUGGAAAAUUUCUCAUAAUGGCUUGAGCCUUCUACCUUAAUGCAGAGACCGAUUUUCAAAAAUGUCGAUGUCAUAUGAUGUGUCUU